CACCAAAGCCUCAAAGGCCCAUGCAGUCUAACAUGCAAUAGUCUUCGAGAACAAAAUUUCUUUUCUCCGAUCUCUCCUGAUCUACAGCCGAAACUCAGGGUGUCGGAGUUGUGGCCCGCGUCAUCCCCAUCGUCACCUCCCGGUUCGACAUGGAAGCAGCUGCUAGCACAGAAAAGGAACCGGAAACCGGCCCACCGACGGCAGAUGGGGAUGUUGAGAUGGGAAAUGUCACCGCGGCUGCUGGAGACACUUCGGAAGACGAAGAUUCAAAAUUGCAGAGUGAUAUACAGGCGCAGCUCGCGGCGGAGACGCAAGAUAGCGCCGCUGCACAGCCGUCCAACUCAACAUCCGAAGAAACAUCUCAAACAGGCUUGGUAGUCAGUGAAGCGACGGACCACGAUAGCGCAAAAUCUUACGAAGUGCCUCCGAACAUUGCGCGUAUCAGACAGGAGAUGUUCGAACUGCGACAGCCGAUUGAGUUGAGUCUGGAGGAGUACAACCUCUACUGGCCAUUCAUUGAUAAUGUGUGGGUGAAGCAGCGAUCUAGCACGACGCGUGAUAAAACUGCAACGUCAGACUACUAUUGCUGUCGCCAGCGCAAACAGCCGGCCAGGCGCAAUGAAGAAAAGGCACAAGGCCAGCCAUAUCCUGAGGGGAGAAGGAGGCAGAGAGCAGUGCGAGAGGGGCCUGUCUGCGGUUUUCAGAUCAAAGUUGUCAAAACUGAGGGCACGUUUGCGUCCGUUACAAUUUCCCGGCAAACUAAUUGCAGUGCGAGUCAUUCGCAUGACUUGGACCACAUGGAUAAAGUCAAGCGCAAUUCUGGAUUAUUGUCGUUUAUAAAACAGGAGGCAGAGAAGGCAUAUAUCCCAGCCUCAAUCCUGGCGAAAUUUCGUGAGGAUCCAGAUGCGUUAGCGGCUAUCGGAGGCAGGUUCCUGACUGGGGUGGACGUGCGCAAUAUCUGCGCCAAAUGGCGCGCUGCAAACCCCAACGCAGAACUGAAGACACAUCAAGGCUACUUGUUUCAAAAUGGAAUCGGUGUCUACAAAGUUGGCUCUCGCCCAGCACGCCCGGGUGCCGCGCAAAUUACGCCGCAACCCAAAAUCACACUAACAUCCCACGCCCCUGAUGCACUCGCGUUCCCAUCAUUUUCAUUGGAGUUUCUGCAACCAUAUCUUCCCACUCGGGAGGAGAACCGCAAGUUCCCACACGUUACACUGACCUAUGCGCAGUCUAUGGAUGGGAAAAUUUCUUUAGCGCCUGGUGUUCAGACGGUACUAUCAGGGCCAGAAUCCAAGCUAAUGACGCAUUAUCUUCGUUCACGUCAUGAUGCGAUAUUGAUUGGAGUUGGGACCGCUCUUGCUGACAAUCCUGGACUGAACUGUCGCUUAGAAGGCGCCGGCGGUUAUGGGGGCCUGGGCAAGAUGUGGCAACCAAGGCCAGUGAUAGUAGAUCCCACUGGUCGGUGGCCGAUUAACCCGGAAUGUAGAAUCCUAAAAACCGCGUUGGCUGGUAAGGGAAAGGCCCCCUGGGUCGUGGUCUCGCCAUGCGCGAAUAUCUCGGCUGACCGAAUCUUGCUUCUAAAGAAACAUGGGGGUGAUUUUCUAAGGAUUUCGGAAUUCAAUCCAUCCUGGCGUUUGCAAUGGUCUACGAUAUUUGGGGCUUUAGCUGCUGAAGGCAUCAACAGCAUUAUGGUUGAAGGAGGUGGAGUGGUUCUUAGUGAAUUACUCAACCCAGAAUAUGAGGACUUCGUUGAUUCCGUCAUCGUUACUGUUGCCCCAACUUAUCUAGGCCGUGGCGGCGUGGGUGUGGCCCCGGAUUCUAAAAGAGAUGAAUACGGAAAGCCGAAAGUCUCGCUCAAACCAAAAGAACCGAAAUGGCACGCGCUGGGUCAAGAUGUGAUCAUGUGCAGCAAAGUACGGGUUCCUCCUCCUCCUCCACCAAUCCUUCCAGGAAUCGAAGAUGCAGCCCUCGGGCUUUCGGGCGAGUGAAGAACCAUGUCGCGUCGGUUCUCCUAAAAUAUCGCCAAGAUAUUGGGUGGACUGGUCCUUAUCAGUCAAAGCAAACUACGCUUGGAGAAUGUAUGAUUGUUGGGUUUACCUUGCCACGCCUCCAGGAACAUUGCAUACCUCGCUUGUCACGAAAAACGACCACCUCUUAUGCUUCUCACAUUCUUCUGCUAGCUUGUCGAGAUCAAACAGCUCACCAAUGGGACACCCCCACCCAGCAAGGAGGACUUCGUGCAAUUUCAAAUGUUCCGGGGGUGCUGGUAGAAGGAGAAAAUGAUCAGUAUUCACUCUUUGUCAAGUCGGCCUUUGAGUAUUUGGGAAUUCCUACGGUAGGCUUCGAAUGCGGGAUGGUCACCAGCGACUGCCGAAAAAUUCUCCCAGAUCCACUCUAGCAUGUCUUCUGUUUGCUCAACACCGAUAAGUGAAUGCAUCUUUUGCUUUGCAAGCUCACUGAGUUCUGCAGUCGACAGCUUGUUGAAUUCAAGCAUAUACCCUGUCUCAUUAUUAGCAAUUAUGGACUCCUGGUUUCAAGCGAACUGCUUGUCGAUGUAAAUGGGGUGAAGCUUGCCAACUCGGAUGAAAAGAAUGUCUCCGAAUUUGAUUUCUGUUCCCUGGGACUCCGCCACCGCCUUCAAAUGUUUCAAUGGUAUGGGGCUUGUUUUGAAGAUGUCAAUGUCAAUAUUGUUCGCCAGUCGCCACUUGUGGUAGUCUAAGAGGAUGCCACGGCCAACAAUUCCCUUUUCCGCCCAGGCUAAAUUGAUAUUGCAGUCAGCUAGGGAACUUUUCCAGGUUAUAUCAGCAGCCAAACGGACCUUGAACCCCAUUCGCAUUAUUCUUAUUGGGUCCGGCGAUAUCAUCCAUGGUGACGCCGUUAUAGAAUCUUUUCUCCUUUUGAUAUGCGACAUGUCGCAGCCCAUCCCCUUAAGGUGUCACUGAUCGUCAGAUUACCGGAGCGUCUUGGAAGAACUCCAUCCGGUACUUGUCACCGGCAACGGGGCACCAUAGGCUGGUGAACUUACAUUGGCUGCUGCUCUGGGUAUUAAAUGUCCAAACAUCAUCGUAGACUAUUCUCGGGGAUCUCUGGACGAUUUGCUUUUGAAAAACCUGUCGUCCAAACAAAGGAAUGUCACCCUGUGCAUCAAGAGGCCAAUUCAUGGAGACUCUGCCAUAGGUUAGCUCGGCUUAUAUCACAGCUGAGUUGCCAACGCAGCGAAAGUACAUAUUCAUGGAAGUGCAUGUGUUCUAAAAUUCACAAUGCACUAUAUGCCACAUAUCAUAUCAGAUAAUAU